CGCACCCCCCUUCUCUCUCCUCUCCGUGAAGUGAUCGGCGGCGGCGGCGGCGGCGCGGGAGCAGCAGGAGGGAGGGAUGGCAGGAAGGGGGGAGAUGCCGAUGAGGCCUGCGCGGCCAGGGCCGCCGAUGCAGUACCGGGGGCCGCCCCCCAUGGCGCGCGCGCGCGUGGAGCCCAUCGAUCGCGAGAAGACCUGUCCUCUCCUGCUCCGGGUUUUCACCAAGGUUGGUGGCCAUCACCAAAAUGAAGAGUUUGCUGUGAGAGGAAAGGAGCCGAAAGAUGAAGUUCAGAUAUACACAUGGAAGGAUGCCACACUCCGCGAGCUCACUGAUCUCGUGAAAGAGGUGGCUCUUGCAGCAAGAAAAAGAAAUGCAAGGCUUUCUUUUGCUUUUGUGUACCCUGAUAAGCAUGGCCGUUUUGUUGUCAAAGAGGUGGGUUCAACCUUCUCUUAUGGUCAUGGAAGAGGAGAUGAUGCUAAAAGUCUUGCAGAGCUGGGCUUCCAGAUAGGGGAUUACUUGAGUGUUGCAAUCUAUUGAGUUACACUACUUUGCAAUACUGCGUGUUUCUGCUGCCUACUGCGCUGAAUGGUCCGGCUUUCCUGUGGUGAUAUCUUACGCUCAGGGGGCAAGUGAUGACCAAUAUCUCUGUAGUACUAGGGAAUUGAAACCAGAACUGUCUGUGAUGUUAGUAACCUUGGAGUUCAUUCAGUAUUUUGAGUGUUUUUAACACUCACGUUUAAUGCGCUUGUGUUUAUAUGUGUGUUUGUGGCCCCCUUGGAGCUGAGACAUGAACAAUAUCGUGCAUUUCCGUAGAAUCUUUACGCUGGGUAGGAUUAAAUGUGUUAUGGUGUGCUGAAUAACUUGGCGAAGUAACAUACUGUUCUCAUGAAGAGCCCCUAGUUCUCAGGAU